CAUUAAUAUUCCAUCACUAUAAGGAUCAGAGAAUAAGAAAAAGAAAGAGAAAGAAACAUGGGUGAUGAAGAAAGUGGUGGGAAUUCUGUAGCAACCUCUUCUGCAACUCCAUUAAUAAACUGGUGGGAUCUUCAUGCAAAUUCACUUUCUUCCUGGAACACUCAUCAUCAUCAACCUUCUGCAAAACCUCAUUCCAAUUCCUCCUCCUGUUGUGAAGAUCAAGACAUCUCAGUCUCCACAUCUUUCGCCGUCGACGAAUCCCCUCAUCGCCGCCUCGUCGACCUUUCUGCGCCUUCGCCUGACAAUAAUCACCUCUGGACUCACGUCUUAUUAGGUGUUGGAAGCAACGAGGAGCUGCAAAAUAGUGAAGCUGGAGGGGAGAACUUGAUGGAUGCAGUGUCAUGUAAAAGCAUGAUGUACGAACCAGCCUGCAACUACUUGAAGAAACUUGAUACCACUUGGGAAUACAACCAUACUAAUAACAGCGAUUCUUCAUCUGCUUCUUUUGAUCAUCAGAAACAAUUCAAUGGUUUCAACGAGGCCGUGCUUGAUCAGAGUGAAAGAUUGAGCAAGCUGGUUACCACUUGGUCCAUUGCACCACCAGACCGACAAGUUCAUAAUCAUAAUCAUAAUCAUAAUAAUUCUACCCACUUUGAUCCUCAUCAAACACACAACAAUAAUGAUUUGAAUUCUUCGAUGGAUCAUUCUGGGGUUUUUUCUUCAUACGGUGCUCUUGACAUGAAGGUUAAGCAAGAACAUCAUCAUCAUGCGAUCGGAUAUCAGAACAACGGAUUUAACAGUCAGUAUGGGAUGCCGGCCAGUUUGUCUUCAUCGUGUUCAAGAAAUUUGACAGAUGUUAUAUCUUUUACGGGAAGGAUAGGCCGGCCGAUUAUCGGAAUUCAUGCACUGAAACCCAGUUUCAGACCACCUUCGAUGAAUACUGUAUCUGACUCCAAGAAACACACUUUUCAGACAUCACUGCCGACAAGGACAAACAAUGGAAGAGGACAAGGGAGCUCCACUGAGGUAAAGAAGAAAAGAACAGAUGACUCAUCAUCAGAAGCAAUCUCGAAGAAGCCAAAGCAAGAGACAUCUACGGCAUCUUCUGCAAAGAUGCAAGCACCAAAAGUCAAGCUAGGCGACAGGAUUACAACCCUUCAGCAAAUUGUGUCGCCAUUUGGAAAGACGGACACUGCAUCAGUGCUUUUUGAAGCAAUUGGGUACAUAAAGUUUUUACAAGAACAAGUGCAGGUGCUACUGAGCAACUCUUACACGAAGACUAACUCGCAUCACAAGGAAACAUGGGGAAGCAUGGAGAGGAAAUUAGAAGAGAAGGGAGACCUGAAGAGCAGAGGGCUUUGUCUGGUUCCAAUUUCAUGGACUCCUCAGGCUUACAGAGACAGCACUGCCCCUGACUACUGGACUCCUGCUUAUCGAGGCUGCUUGUUUAGGUAGCUUAGCUUCCUUAUUUAUUAAUAUAUAUAUAAAUAUAUAUAUAUAUAUAUAUAUAUAUCCCAGACUGUGUUCGUUUCAAUAAUUCAUAUCUAUUGUAAUAUAUGAACUUCUCUUUUUAGUCAAUAAAAUAUCUAUAUAUGUUCUUGCUUAUUAUGACCAUCAACA